AUGGAGAUGCAUGUUCCUGUGAUGGCCAAGUUUAAAAUAGAAUCUGAGAAACCAUCAACAGGAAGGAAAUUUGAGAAGAAUGCUGCAGAAGGACAGAAGCUUCAUCCAAAUUCAGAAGUAAGAGAAACUGACAGAUGGCAAGAAGACAUGCAGAAUGGGAAGGUCAGGAAGCAAAGUGCUGUGCAGUCUGGGAAUGGUGGUACUGAUGAAGGUGCUUCCCAAAGUUGGUUGGUCAGAAAUAAGACUAACAGUUCAAAUGAUUCUUGUUUACAAGAAGAGAAAUGUGUUUCAAAUGUUAUACCUCAAGAUAUUUUGAUUAAGGCUGUGGACAGAUUACAAACAGAACCAAAACCUGAGGUUGACAGAAAGCGGUUUUUGUGUCAUGAUUGUGGGAAGAUAUUCACCCUGAAACAUCAACUUCAAGGCCAUUUGCGGACUCAUACAGGUGAAAAACCUUAUUGUUGUUCUGUGUGUGGGGAGACAUUUGGUUUUGGAAGUUGUUUGAGAAAGCAUAUGAGGAUUCAUACACUAGAGAAACCAUAUUUAUGCACUGUGUGUGGUAGAAGUUUCAGCCGUGGUGACACACUCACAAAACACAUGAGGGGGCAUACAG